UUCCGAGACACGCUUGUCUGUGUCCAAUUAUAGAUAAAUUAGAUUCAUACGGCUAUAUUGUAAAGUGAGCGAGAUGGUUGUCGUAAAUAUUGUGGAAAGGGAAUAUGAGAAAAAUCCGGAGAUGAGUUCGGGGGAUGUGAAAAACAUAAGAGAGUGGAUGAUGACUCAGCCUCAUUUGCCACAUGAACAUAUUACUGAUCUUGAUAUAAUAUUGGCAUAUCAUAGAUGUGACCAAAAUGUGCAAAAUACAAAAAAGUUAAUCGAUCUCAACUUCUCAUUACGAAAUUUGUUUUCGUUUUAUCAAAACCGGAAAAUAAACAAAUCAUUGGAAAACGCUUUGAAAACUUGGUUGAUUACUCCGUUGAAAACUCGGACGAAAGAUGGAUAUACAGCCAUUUAUUGUCAAAUAUUAGACACGGACCCCGCUAAAUUUGUGUACAGCGAUGUAGUCAGAGCUUUUGUAAUGGUAAUGGACCUCUGGCAGCUGGAGGAGGGCACUGCAGCAGGCGUGGUUGUGAUACUCAAUAUGGACCGGGUGCUGAUGGGCCAUCUGUACAAGAUAGACCUCACUGUGGCCCAGCAUUUCUUUUAUUUCUUGCAGGAAGCAAUGUUCGUCCGCCUAAAAGAGUUCCACAUCAUCAACGCCCCAAGUUUCGUUGACCGUCUGCUAGUCAUGCUGAAGCCGUUCAUGAAGAAGGAGUUGCUACAACUGCGCGUGCACACCGUCGGCACCCAGUCUUUGGACGAACACUUCGGUUGUGAGGAGCUUUCGAAAGAAAUACGGGAAAUUAAUGGCGUGAAAAUUAGUAAUGAAACUUGGAGAAAACUACAAGAAAAUGAAAAGUUUUUUGAAGAUGAAUCUAAGAAACGAGUUGAUGAAGCUAAAAGGCCUGGAGAGUCGGUAUCAAUCAGUAAAAUAUUUAGCAGCAUGGAGGGCACUUUCAGGGCUUUGCAAAUAGAUUAAAUAAGUAUUUAUACUAAUACACUCUAGAUAUUACGUGCCCACUAAAAAAAUAUCGUUGAAACUCCAUGACUUCAGGCCCCGUAGCCGAAUGGCAUUUCUC